CUCUCACCUCCUAAGUGAGUCCUUCUUCCCUGCCACGUCCGAGUGACCAGCCCACAGCAGCUGCCUGAGCCAUGAAGCUGGCGGUGGUGCUCAUGCUGACCGCCCUCCCCCUGUACUGCUACGCCGGUUCUGGCUGCGAAAUGGUUGAGUAUGUGAUCAGUAAGAGCAUUGAUCCUGCAGAGUCCAAGUCUCAAUUCAUCGCAGACCUUCAGCAGUUCAUCCCGGGCGAAAGGACUGCGAGCGCCCUCAGGAAGUUUAAGCAGUGCUUUCUCGACCAGAGCAACGAAACCCUGAGCAACAUCUUCGUGAUGAUGGACGCCAUAUACGACAGCGAGCAGUGUGCCUCCUACUGACCCGCAACGACCUUUCCUCCGACGACAGAACGGCCAGCCGGGACUCUCCCCGCACAGACCACAGCUUAGCGCCCCUCUGGGCCUUUAGAUCCUGAAACCGCAAGACAUUGUUGAAACCUCCCCACAUUCAUUUCAAUAAAGCGCCUGCACACCA